CGUCUCCGUUUAGGCACUAAUGAGUGGAGCUUUGUAAGAGGGCCGUACUCAGCCCGGAGUGCUGGAUGUCUGCGACAGAUCCAUGGGCCAGAAGGACCAUGUGGAGGCAGGAGCGGGCCAUAUCCAAUACCUGGGGCUAGAUUUGGAGUAUCUCCACUUAGUGGGGGCUGACCGGCAAGCUGGCAGCGCUGACAGACCCCCUGCCAUGGAGGGGCAGGGGGAGGGCUCCAGAGCCAGUUCCCCUCCAGCCGCGCUGCCGGAGGAAAGCGGCUCCGAUGUAGACUGGGAUUCUGCGCCGUCCUCCACCUCCACGCUCGCCGCCGCCACAGACUCCGACGGGGCCGAGGGGGCAGCCGCUCACGCCAAAAACCCCCACCAGCCGCUAUGUAGAACCCCGUGUGUGGACCUGGGCACCGAUGGGCCCCCCGAGCCCCCGUCUGAGCCCGAGCAGGACGCGCCCGCCCCGUCCUCUGGCCAGCCCCAGCCUGAGCCCCCGCCUGAGCCCCACACAGCCGGGCCGGAGUCCGAGGCGGUGGGGAGAGAGUACCAGGCCAAGCUGGAGUUCGCCCUGAAGCUGGGCUACUCUGAGGAGACGGUGCGACUGGUUCUGUCCAAGCUGGGCCCCAACACCCUCAUCAAUGACAUACUGGGAGAACUGGUCAAACUGGGCACCAAGACAGAGGGCGAGCAGCCGGCCGGAUUAGUGUCCUCUGCAUCCUCCUCAUCCUCCUCCUCGUCCUCUUGCGGUUGCUCCGAUUUGCUGGACAGCCAGCGCUCGGACUCGCCGUGUCCUUCAGACUCCGCUUGUGACCAGGACAACCUGCGGCCAGUCGUGGUGGACGGCAGCAACGUGGCCAUGAGCCAUGGCAAUAAGGAGGUCUUCUCCUGUCAGGGCAUCCAGCUGGCCGUCGACUGGUUCCUGGAGCGCGGCCAUCAGAGCAUCACGGUUUUCGUGCCCGCUUGGAGGAAAGAGCAGUCGCGCCCCGAUGCCCCCAUAACGGAUCAAGAGAUCCUGCGUCGCCUUGAGAAGGAAAAAAUCCUGGUCUUCACUCCCUCGCGCCGCGUCCAAGGCCGGCGCGUGGUGUGCUAUGACGACCGCUUCAUUGUAAAGCUGGCAUAUGAGUCAGACGGCAUCAUCGUCUCCAACGACAACUACAGAGACCUGGCUAACGAGAAGCCCGAGUGGAAGAAGUUCAUAGACGAGCGGCUGCUCAUGUAUUCUUUCGUCAAUGAUAAAUUCAUGCCACCCGAUGACCCCCUCGGCCGCCAUGGCCCCAGCUUAGACAACUUUCUGAGGAAAAAGCCCGUCAUGCCUGAGCAGAAGAAACAACCGUGUCCAUACGGGAAGAAGUGCACUUACGGCCACAAGUGCAAAUAUUACCAUCCUGAGCGCGGGGCCCAGCCCCAGCGCGCCGUGGCGGACGAGCUGCGCGCCAGCGCCAAGACCUGCGUCAGCGCCAAGAACCAGGCCGACGCGGGCCUCAUCAAGAGCCACAGCGUACCGGCCGGCAGCAUCGAGGCCAAAAAGGGCGCCCCCAAACGGCAGUCGGACCCCAGCAUCCGGGCCCUGUCCUACAGCGACGCCGAGGAGAAGCUGCUGGCCAAAGGCCGGGUGGAGGGCCAGCGGGGCGGCGGGGGCCUGACCGGGUCCCCGGGGGCUCCCCCUCCCGGCCCAUAUGAGGGGCAGUCCAGAGGGGCGCCGCGUCCACCGGGCCAGGACCUGUUCCCGCACUGCGAGGCGGCCGGCCCGGGCCACUUCUCGGUGAGCCGGGCCUACUCCGGCCUGAGCCUCUCCUCCCGCCGCAGCCCGGACUGCCGCCACCCCAACGAGCCCGACCUGCGGCUGGGCUCGCUGGGCUCGGCCGGCUCCGAGUGCGGCAGCGAGAGCAGCGCCAGCUGCGGCAGCAGCUGCGACUCCUACGGCGAGCGCUCCUGCCCCGGCUGCCCCCCGGACGCCGGGCCGGACGACGGCCCCCACUUCCACAGCUCCCACGGCCGGCUGUACCCGCUUCACGCCCUGGCUAACCACGAGGUGUGUGGCCUCCAUGUGGCCGAGUACCCCCCCGCCCAGCACGGCCACAGCUCUGGCCUGCACGCCUACCACCCCCCCGCCUGCGGACAGAGCUGCGGGCACGAGCAGUACGACACACCCCCCUACCAGAGCCUGCCCGACACGCGCCAGCCGUCCUGGCACGCCCCCCCGUGGCAGCAGGAUGGCUACACGCAGCACCAUUCCUCCCACCCGGCUCUCCACCCGUCUCCCACGCAUUACCUAAACCACCCGCCGGCCCCCGCCCACUCUCCCCACCCGCCUUAUUCCCCUCACAGUUCUCAUCUGGCUCUUCCUCCCCACGGCCCCGCCCCCUACAUACCGCCUCACCCAGACUCCCCCGCACACAGCCGCUACGCGGACACCAGGGAGAAGGUGUACAUCAACCUGUGCAACAUCUUCCCCUCCGAGCUGGUGAGCUGGGUGAUGGCCCGGAGCCCCCACAUCACAGACCCCCAGCAGCUGGCCGCCGCCAUCCUGGCAGAGAAAUCCAAAGCGGGCUUCUGA